AUGAACUUUGACCUUUUUAUCCCGAGUUGUAGGCGUAUUACAUAUUGAGCCCAGCUAGGUUAUCAAGAUGGAGUUUCUCCAAUUAUAGAAGAAUUUAUUAUAUUUCAUGAUAUAAUUAUAAUCUCAUUAAUUUUUAUUACUAUUUCUGUUGGCCUUUUUCUUGUGUCUUUUGCUAAAAGUAAGUUAAUUAACAAUGGUCUUAUUGAAGGUCAAUGAUUGGAGUGAAUUUGAACCCUUCUUCCGGGAGUAAUUCUUCUUUUUGUUGCUGUACCAUCUCUAAGGCUAUUAUAUAUAUAUGAUGAAACAUCUAACUAUGAUUUAAGAGUUAAAGCGGUUGGACACCAGUGAUACUGAGUAUAUGAGUAUGGUGGACUAGGUGAAUCAGCUAUUGAAUCAUACAUAAUCAACAAAAAUGACCUAAUAAACGAAAGAUUUCGUUUAUUGGAUGUUGAUAACCCUUUAGUUUUACCCUAUCAAGUAAUAGUCCAAAUGUUGGUUUCAUCAAAGGAUGUUUUACACGCCUGAACUGUGCCUGCUCUAGGAGUCAAAGCUGAUGCUGUCCCCGGCCGCAUUAACUCCCUAUCAAUUUUUAGUUUUCGGCCAGGCGUUUUUUUUGGUCAAUGCUCAGAAAUUUGCGGCGCUUACCACAGAUUUAUGCCUAUUAUACUAGAAAUUGUUAGGACCGAAGAUUUUUUAAAGUGAGUAAUUCAAAAUAACUAACAAAAUUAAUUAAAAAUUUUAUUAAAAAUUAUUACACUCUUUUUAUCCAUUAUUCCUGCUUUAGUGAUUGUUGGGUUUUUAACCCUCCUUGAACGUAAAGUCUUAAGCUUAUCCCAAAUUCGCCUUGGGCCCAACAAGGUUGGUUGGGGGGGAAUUCCCCAACCACUAUCUGAUGCUAUUAAACUUUUUUCAAAAAUAUCAUUUUUUCCUGGUGUUGUGGGAGGGCUAUUUUUUAUUUUAAGCCCUAUUUUUAUCUUAUUUAUUUCUAUAUCGCUAUGAACAUUUUUGCCCCACGGAUUUUCUUCUAUUUUUUGUUCUAAUUCGUGAAUUAUAUUCAUAAUUAUUAUGAGAUUGGCUGUGUACCCCCUAUUAAUCAUAGGAUGAUCCUCAUCUUGCAUUUUUUCUAAUUUAGGGAGCCUCCGCGCAGUAGCACAACUUGUGUCAUAUGAAACUGUUAUAGGAACAUUUAUUUUUUUUUGAAUUUUAAGAACCUUUUCCACUUCUAUAUCAAGAAAAUUUUCUUUGGUCGGCGGGUGAAUAAUUUUAAUUCCCAUAGCUUAUUUUGUUUGGCUAGUAACAUGUUUAGCUGAAACUAAUCGAACCCCCUUUGAUUUUAGUGAAGGAGAAAGGGAACUUGUUUCUGGGUUUAACACAGAGUAUGCUUCCCAACUUUUUGCCUUAAUUUUUAUGGCGGAAUAUUUAAGAAUUUCAAUUAUAAGAAUUAUUUUUAGACUUCUUUUGGGGAAUAAACUAGAAAUAUGGGUCACUUCAGCCAUAAUUAUAGUUGUUUGAAUUUGGGUUCGAGCUACUUAUGUCCGACACCGGUACGACAAACUUAUAGCUAUAUGCUGAAAGGCAAUGCUCCCUUCGGUUAUGUUUAUUACGUUUAUCUUUAUAAUUACACUAUUUCUUAUUUAAAAAAUUGUUAUCUAUUAAAAAGUGAAUAUGAUCUAGAAAUCAUAAAGACAUUGGAACCCUCUACCUUAUUUCAGGUGUUUGAUCAGGGAUAAUUGGUUUAUCUAUAAGAAUUUUAAUUCGCUUAGAGCUAGGGCAACCGGGAUCUCUGUUAAACAGGGAUCAAAUCUAUAACGUUUUAGUAACAGCUCACGCUUUUAUUAUGAUUUUUUUUAUAGUUAUACCCAUUUUAAUUGGGGGGUUUGGUAACUGACUUAUCCCCAUAAUAAUUGGGGCCCCAGAUAUAGCUUUUCCUCGGAUAAAUAAUUUAAGAUUCUGACUUUUAGUCCCAUCCCUACUAGCUCUUUUAUUGAGAUCCUUAGCAGGGACUGGAGCAGGGACUGGUUGAACAGUUUAUCCUCCCCUUUCUACUCAGGCCUUUCACUCGGGAGUAGCUGUUGACUUAGCCAUUUUUUCCCUUCACUUGGCCGGAGCCUCAUCAUUGCUGGGAGCUGUAAACUUUAUCAGAACCCUGAUAAACCUACGAGUUUUAGGUACACUUCUUGAACGAGUUCCAAUAUUCCCCUGGUCGGUUUUAAUCACCGCUAUUUUAUUACUUUUAUCACUCCCUGUGUUAGCUGGGGCUAUCACAAUGCUAUUAACUGAUCGAAAUAUUAGAACAAGAUUCUAUGAUCCAGCAGGAGGAGGAGAUCCUAUUUUGUACCAACACUUAUUUUGAUUUUUCGGACACCCGGAAGUUUAUAUUUUAAUUCUCCCUGGAUUUGGUCUUAUUUCCCAAAUAAUUUGUAUAGAAGCUUUUAAAAACGAGCCAUUUGGUUCUUUAGGCAUAAUUUAUGCAAUAAGAGCUAUCGGGGUAUUGGGGUUUGUUGUGUGAGCUCACCACAUAUUUACCGUAGGUCUUGACUCUGAUACCCGGGCCUACUUUACAACAGCCACAAUGGUUAUUGCGGUUCCCACAGGAAUUAAAGUAUUUAGGUGACUCGGAACCUUAUAUGGGUCUAAGAUUAGAAACAGCCCCACCAUUUUAUGGGUUUUGGGGUUUUUAUUUUUAUUUACUGUUGGGGGGCUAACCGGAAUUGUUUUAGCAAACUCCUCUUUAGAUAUAACUCUUCACGACACCUAUUAUGUUGUAGCACACUUUCACUACGUGUUAAGAAUAGGGGCUGUGUUUGCUUUAAUAGGGGCUUUUAUCACCUGGUACCCACUUAUAACCGGGCUAUCCCUUAACCAAUCAUGGUUAAAAGCUCAAUUUAUAAUUAUAUUUAUAGGAGUAAAUAUUACCUUUUUUCCCAUGCACUUUUUAGGCCUGGCUGGGAUACCCCGACGUUACUCAGACUACCCUGAUUACUUUUUUAUGUGAAACUUUGUAAGAAGAAUCGGAUCUGUAAUCACAACGGUCUCUAUAUUUUUCUUUUUUGGGAUUAUUUGAGAAAGAAUAACAUCUAAGCGACCCGUUCUAGCUGUUAAAAGAGUUAGGUCAAUAAUUGAGUUCCAACACGCCUUUCCACCUUUUGAACACUCCUAUGAAUCAGUUCCAGUAACAUCUAUACAAUAUAAACCUUAAUUUAUUAAUUACAUACCCUACUAUCUUAUUUCCUAAC